GAUGUGGAGUUUCCACGCAAGCGGAUUGAUGAUCUGGCGAGGGUGAGGUGGCGAAAGGGGUAAGUACACCUUUCAGUGUACGUGCCGCCUACAAAUCGUUGCAGGGAUGUUGAAGUUGUGCACAGCUAUGGAGCUGGAAAUGUUGAGUGGGCAAUGACCAAACGAGGAGCAUACAUUCUCCAAGUUGCAGCGGCGGGGAUUUUUGUUCGCCAUGGAUCGGACGAACGAUGGCGAAAAGAUUGCUUGCACUCCUUGCGAUUUGUCGGAGCUUCCACCGACGCUACCCGAGCCCGAAUAUGAUCAGGUUGCCGGGUAUUCGAGCACCAUUGACCCCAGCCACAUUAUCCAUCUCAUCCGCCAGCUUUUGCCCAUUAAGACUGCGGCGCCCAAAGUCGGCGGAGACCUCUUGGAAGAUCCAUUGAGUAAUAGACAAGACUCCAGUGAGCUGGAGUCGAAAUGCAGAGCAGUUUCAGGGGAGAUCGUCAAAGAAGACGCAGCAGUGGGGGAGAAAGCAGAAACUCUGACACGAAAGGCAACGGACCCUGGAACCGAAGGAUUGGUGAAUGACCUGAGGGCAUCUCAUCACAAGGAAAGCGAUGUUAAGAAUCUCCCAGAAACAGAUAAUGGUGCUCAGGACUUGAGUGGUUCUGAUGAUUUUGAAGAGAAGGAUGGUGGAGUGGCGAAUCUGGAGACUCGUGAUGGAGCCGCCCAGAAAUCGGCGGUCAGUGGACCCAUUGAGCUGGAAGAGAUUCGAGAAGAAGCCGGUUGUGUGCUUUGGGACCUUGCGGCCAACGAAACACAAGCAGAGUUUCUGGUGGACAAUCGCAUACUCGAUGUCUUGCUGGCCAUAUUGUGCCUCCCACAAUCUGAUCGGAUGCGGGAAAUAUGUCUAGGAAUACUUGGAAAUUUGGCUUGCCACACUAAGCCAGAAAUGAUUAUGGUGAAUUUUGAGGGCUUAGUACCGACAGUUAUACAGCAGCUUCAAUUUGAAGAUCCACCCAGCCUCUGUGAAACCUGCAGAUUGUUGAGUGCAGGUCUACAUAGUGAUGCAGCAGGGGCUUGGAUUAACGCGCUUCAAAAAGAAGAAGUUCUGAAACGUAUUAUGUGGAUUGCAGACAACACUAUGAAUUCCCAGCUCCGAGAAAAGAGUACUGAGUUGCUGCUAGCGAUUGUGGACAGCAAGCAAGAAGCAUUCUCUGCUCUACUACCUACUCUUCUGCGCAUGGGGCUGCCUGAGCUCUUGACAGAUCUCAUAGAGGGCGAGGUUACAGCUAUCACCGAAGGAACAUCCACUUGCGGAGAUGCUGUAUUGGAUAUAGUGUUACAAAUUGCAGAGGCUCUUUCUCUGGCUGAUGAAUUUGCCACCCAACUUGCCUCCAAUCAAAAACUGUUCUCUCUAGCUUGUCAGGUCAUUCGCCUCUCUCAUAAGGACGAGGUUGGACCAUCAGGUAUUACUGGAACAGUUUUGAUUGCUAAUUUACUCACAGAGAAAAACAGUCUCAUACUCGAAUUUUUACAAGGUGGAAAUAUGAUCACACACCUAAUAGGACUACUGCCACAAGUGACUGAAGACUCGGGAGCGCGGAAUGCUUUGUGGAGCAUUUUACAAAGAGUGUGUCAGCACCUACAGGCCAGUCAGUCUGAGCUCCCAUCUGAUGAACAAACCAGCUUGAUGGCUGCGUUUGCUGAGGGGUCCAACCUGCUCAUGGAUGAUCUGGAUGAUCAUAGGGAUGAGGACGAGCAUGAAGAUGAAGAAAGAGCAUCGGGUGUUGCUCCCAGUUGUGGUCGCCAAGCCAAGCUCACCACUAUUGCGAAUAUUGCUCACAUCCUGGAAGGCUGGUUGGCUUCAGAUUCUCAGACAGAAAACCGUGGUGCAGAAGCUGUGCGUGCUGCACAAAAUGCUUGCCAACUUCUCGGAAACUACUCAAUCUCUCCGGAUUCUGUCAUGCAUGAUCAGGUUCUUGGGAGAUAGUUUAGCUAGGGUAGAAACAUUUUACAACUUUGUUUACGGGUAGUGCAUUACAAAAGGAAUAUGUACACAAUGUGAGUAUCCUUCAUGGACCAAGUUGAAUGAACUCUGGCUCACCCUGGACAGGACGGGUUCACCAGAAAAAUAGUUUGAGAUUUGACCUUAUUUUGGGAGACUCUUCAAGAAGUAAGCCAUUAAAUUUAUUUAGUAUUUUUGUUUGUAACUCACUUACAGUAACAGAUUAGUACUCGAUGUUUUUAUGAUA